CUGUUCAUCUAGGCUUCCCUCAGGGAGGAGAGAGAUAGGCUUCUAGCAGAAAAGGAGGCUCUGAGCAAAGCUGGAUCCUCUACUCUACCUUCCGAUACUGCACACUCCUGGGAGUCGGAAAAGCUUGAACUCAUAAAGGCGCGAGAUGAGGCAUUAGCGCGUGCUAGUGUUGGUCACUCAGUUUCACUGUGCGAAGCUACACUGACGGCUUUUUUCAGACCUUAGACGAUUCGGCGAAAAAGGCGUCCGAUGACGUCAGGAACCUCCGUCAAUCCAACGAUAAAUUCCAAGUUAGAAUUCAGGAAAUGCACCGAGCCAGAGAAAGGUUCAACUCGGAACAAGCAGCCAUUGUCGCCGCCGCUGUCGAGAAGGCUAAGAGUGAAAUGACUGCUGGCGGUACUUCUGUAAACACUGAGGAACUCUCGAAGAAGCAUGCCCAAGAACUGGAGGCUCUACGGGCUCAGCUGACUACUCAGCACGAGGCAGCCCUCAAGGCAGCAGUAGACGUUGCUACUAAGGCUGCCAAAACGGAGGCUGCUACUUCUUCUUCCGAUGAGGCAACGAAAGCUGCUAUUGCCGCUGCCAUCGCUGCUCAUGACGCAGAGCUCCAAGAACGACAUAACGCAGAGUUGGAUGCAGCGGUCGAGCGGGGCAGAUUAGAAUCGCAGGCGAAGAGCAAAAUCAAAGAUGGUCAGCUUGUUCGAUCUCAGGUCAAGCUCAAGGAUCUGGAAGCGCAAGUGUUGGAGUGGCGAAAGGCUGGUUUGAUCCCCGAGGCUCCGCCACCGCAAACGCCCACAGCGUCAACAUCCAAGGUGCCACCCCCAGUUACUACUGCAGCUUCUACUUCACAACCAGUCACGGCUUCCACUCCUGUAGCAACUGCACCAAGUGCAACAGCCGUGAAGCCUGCCGCUGCAGCCCCAGCAGGCCAACCUGCAGCUGCUAGUGGAGAAAAGCCACCCACCAGUGGUGCGGUCUCACUUGGUGUUCCCAGAGGUGGCCGAGGCAGAGUUGCUCCGCGCGGCGCUGGAAGAGGCAUCAGCAUCCGAGGUCGGGGCGGCGUUCCACCCCCCGCUGCAUCUACCUCCGGUACUACAGGAAUGUCUAUCAUUGGCGCAGCUAGCAAACGUAGUCGAGAAGAAGAUCUGGUUGUGGACGAUUCACUGGCGAAGCGGUUGAAGCCUGCAGCGGAGACCACCGCACCAAAACCCCCUGUUACCCUCCGUCGCCCACCGCCAACAUAGCCAGACCCUGCAGUAGUGUAGUACAGACUUGCAUCUUACCAUGACUCCAUAUUGUAUCAAUAUUUCACUUGUCGAUU